AUGAUGGAGCCGGGGGCCCAGCAGCAGGCGGCCCCCGCGCUGAGGCGAGCCCGGGCCGGUGGGGGCGCCUCCUCCUGGCUGCUGGAUGUCCCCAGCUGGCUGCUCGGCUACGGAUUCCUCUACCUGGUGCUCUACGCCCAGGUAUCCCAGUCCAAGCCAUGCGACAGGAGCUCCUCCUGCUUCUCAGGUCGCUGUGUCAACGCCACCUGCCUCUGCGACCAGGGCUGGGUGGGGGACCAGUGCCAGCACUGCCAGGGCAGGUUCAAGUUAACAGAGCCCUCUGGAUAUUUAACAGAUGGACCAAUUAACUACAAAUAUAAAACUAAAUGUACAUGGCUAAUUGAAGGCUAUCCAAAUGCUGUCCUAAGAUUAAGAUUCAAUCAUUUUGCUACAGAAUGUAGUUGGGACCACAUGUAUGUUUAUGAUGGAGAUUCAAUAUAUGCACCUUUAAUAGCUGUACUUAGUGGCCUGAUAGUCCCUGAAGUCCGGGGAAAUGAAACUGUCCCCGAAGUUGUUACAACAUCUGGCUAUGCACUGCUUCACUUUUUUAGUGAUGCUGCCUAUAAUCUAACCGGUUUCAACAUUUUUUAUUCAAUUAAUUCGUGUCCUAACAAUUGCUCUGGGCAUGGGAAAUGCACAACCAGUGUUUCCAUUCCGAGUCGGGUGUAUUGUGAAUGUGACAAAUAUUGGAAAGGUGAAGCAUGUGAUAUCCCUUACUGUAAAGCUAAUUGUGGCAGUCCAGAUCAUGGAUACUGUGAUCUAACAGGAGAAAAAUUAUGUGUCUGCAAUGAUAGCUGGCAAGGUCCUGAUUGUUCUUUGAAUGUACCUUCCACGGAGUCCUAUUGGAUCCUUCCAAAUGUAAAACCAUUCAGUCCUUCUGUCGGUCGAGCUUCACAUAAGGCAGUUUUACAUGGAAAAUUUAUGUGGGUGAUUGGUGGAUAUACUUUUAACUACAGUUCUUUUCAAAUGGUCUUAAAUUACAAUUUAGAAAGCAGUAUAUGGAAUGUGGCGCCUCUAUCAAGGGGACCUCUCCAAAGAUAUGGACACUCUCUUGCUUUAUAUCAGGACAAUAUCUUCAUGUAUGGAGGCAAAAUUGAAACAAAUAAUGGCAAUGUCACAGAUGAAUUGUGGGUUUUCAACAUACAUAGUCAGUCAUGGAGUACAAAAACCCCCACUGUCCUUGGACACGGUCAGCAGUAUGCUGUGGAGGGACACUCAGCACAUAUUAUGGAGCUGGAUAGUAGAGAUGUUGUCAUGAUCAUAAUUUUUGGAUACUCGGCAGUAUAUGGUUAUACAAGCAGCAUACAGGAAUACCAUAUCUUAUCCAAUACAUGGCUUGUUCCAGAAACAAAAGGAGCAAUUGUCCAAGGUGGAUAUGGCCACACAAGUGUGUAUGAUGAAAUGACAAAGUCUAUUUAUGUACAUGGAGGUUAUAAAGCUUUACCAGGCAACAAAUAUGGACUAGUAGAUGACCUUUAUAAAUAUGAAGUUAAUACCAAGACAUGGACCAUUUUGAAAGAAAGUGGGUUUGCUAGAUAUCUUCAUUCAGCUGUCCUUAUCAAUGGAGCUAUGCUCAUUUUUGGAGGAAACACCCAUAAUGAUACUUCCUUGAGUAAUGGUGCAAAAUGCUUUUCUGCUGAUUUCUUGGCGUAUGACAUAGCUUGUGAUGAAUGGAAAAUUUUACCCAAACCCAAUCUUCAUAGAGAUGUCAACAGAUUCGGGCACUCAGCAGUCGUCGUUAAUGGGUCCAUGUAUAUAUUUGGGGGAUUUUCUAGUGUCCUUCUUAAUGACAUCUUAGUGUAUAAACCUCCAAAUUGCAUGGCUUUCAGAGAUGAGGAACUCUGUAAAAAUGCUGGUCCAGGGAUAAAAUGUCUUUGGAACAAGAAUCACUGUGAAUCCUGGGAAGCUGGACAUCAUAAUAAUAUUCUGAGAGCAAAAUGCUUCCCCAAAGCUGCUGCCACUGAUGACAGAUGUUAUAGAUAUGCAGAUUGUGCCAGCUGUACUGCUAAUACAAAUGGGUGCCAAUGGUGUGAUGACAAAAAGUGCAUUUCAGCCAACAGUAAUUGCAGUAUGUCAGUCAAAAACUUCACCAAAUGUCAUGUCAAAAAUGAACAGAUCUGUAAUAAACUAACCAGCUGUAAAAGUUGUUCAUUAAACCUAAAUUGCCAAUGGGAUCAAAGACAACAAGAAUGCCAGGCUCUACCAGCUCAUCUUUGUGGAGAGGGAUGGAAUCAUAUUGGAGAGGCAUGCCUUCGAAUAAAUUCCAGCAAAGAAAACUAUGAUAAUGCAAAACUUUACUGCUACAGCCUGAGUGGAAACCUUGCUUCAUUAACAACUUCAAAAGAAGUAGAAUUUGUUUUGGAUGAAAUACAAAAGUACACACAACAGAAAGUAUCUCCUUGGGUAGGCUUGCGCAAGAUCAAUAUAUCCUACUGGGGAUGGGAAGACAUGUCUCCUUUCACAAAUACAACUCUACAGUGGCUUCCUGGCGAACCAAAUGACUCUGGAUUCUGUGCAUAUCUAGAGAGGGCUGAGAUAGCAGGCCUGAAAGCUAACCCUUGCACAUCCGUGGCAGAUGGCCUCGUCUGUGAAAAGCCUGUCGUCAGUCCAAACCAAAAUGCAAGGCCUUGUAAAAAGCCAUGUUCCUUAAGGACAACAUGUUCUAACUGCACAAGCAAUGGCAUGGAGUGUAUGUGGUGUAGCAGUACAAAACGAUGUGUUGACUCAAAUGCCUAUAUAAUCUCUUUUCCAUAUGGGCAAUGCCUGGAGUGGCAAACUGCCACUUGUUCCCCCCAGAAUUGUUCUGGAUUAAGAACAUGUGGACAGUGUUUAGAACAACCUGGAUGUGGUUGGUGUAAUGAUCCUAGUAACACAGGGAAAGGACACUGUAUUGAAGGCUCUUCAAGGGGACCCAUGAAACUUGUUGGGAUGCAUACCAGUGAAAUGACCCUUGACACAAAUCUUUGCCCCAAAGAGAAAAAUUAUGAAUGGUCUUUUAUCUAUUGCCCAGCUUGCCAGUGUAAUGGACACAGCACUUGCAUCAAUAAUAAUGUGUGCGAGCAGUGUAAAAAUCUCACUACAGGGAAACAGUGUCAGGACUGUAUGCCAGGAUAUUAUGGAGAUCCUACCAAUGGAGGACAAUGUACAGCUUGUACAUGCAGUGGUCAUGCAAAUAUUUGUCAUAUGCACACAGGAAAAUGUUUCUGCACAACUAAAGGAAUAAAAGGAGAUCAGUGCCAGUUAUGUGAUUCUGAAAAUCGUUAUGUUGGUAACCCACUGAGAGGAACGUGUUACUACAGCCUUUUGAUUGACUACCAGUUUACCUUCAGUUUGUUACAGGAAGAUGAUCGUCAUCAUACAGCCAUAAACUUCAUAGCAAAUCCAGAACAGUCAAACAAAAAUUUGGACAUUUCCAUUAAUGCCUCAAACAACUUUAAUCUCAACAUUACAUGGUCCAUUAGUUCAACAGCUGGAACAAUAUCUGGAGAGGAAAUUCUGCUAAUUUACAGGGUCAAAAUAAAGGAAUUCAGAGAUAGUUUUUCCUGUGAAAAAUUUAAUUUCAGAGGCAAUCCUAAUAUUACAUUCUAUGUGUAUGUCAGCAACUUUUCUUGGCCAAUUAAAAUACAGAUUGCAUUCUCACAACAUAAUACAAUCAUGGAUCUUGUGCAAUUCUUUGUCACCUUCUUCAGUUGUUUCUUAUCCCUCCUACUGGUAGCUGCUGUUGUCUGGAAGAUCAAACAAACUUGUUGGGCUUCUCGCCGGAGAGAGCAACUACUUCGAGAGCGACAGCAGAUGGCCAGCCGCCCCUUUGCUUCUGUUGACGUAGCUGUGGAAGGAGGAACUGAACAAACAGACCUUCUACGAGGGACAUUAGAGGGUGCACCCAAACCAAUUGCAAUAGAACCAUGUGCAGGAAACAAAGCAGCAGUUCUGACUGUAUUUCUUUGUCUCCCAAGAGGACCAUCAGGUGUCCCACCCCCUGGUCAAUCAGGUCUUGCAAUCGCCAGUGCCCUCAUAGACAUUUCACAGCAGAAGCCGGCUGAUAGUAAAGAUAAGUCUUCAGGAGUCCGAAAUAGAAAACAUCACCUUUCAACACGUCAAGGAACUUGUGUCUGAGGUCCAGAAACUGCACUUAGUCUGUAUUAUUUUUUUUUCAAAUGGCUUCCAUUGAAAGCUCUCCCACAGCCUCAGUUUUUAUGGAGGCAAAACUCUCUGAUCAUUGGUUCAGAGUCCUGGUCCUUUCACACGUGCAGCAAGCCACACGCCAAACCAGAACCCCUUGUGGGCCCAAAUGCGGACAUGAAAUGGCCUUUUAUAAGAGCAACAGAACCGAAAUUCACAAAUGGCAAAGUUCAUUUUUACAUUCACCUUAAGCAUAUCAGUGAUAUAUUUGCACCCCUCAUGGAAAAGGCUGUCUGUAGAUUAUUUCCUAAUGAGGAUGGAGGAUAAGUGUGAAUCUUAGGAGGAAAAAAAACUGCUACAAGAAAGUUGUAAUUCCUGAAUGGUCAGAAUUAUAUCAUUUUCUCCAUAUAAGCAAACGCAGACUAACCAAACAUAACCAGGAAUUGAACCCAUUGCUAUGGAUUUCGAUAUUGUUUUAUCUCACUGUGAAUGUGAGAGCAAGUCACUAAGUUAGUAGAAUGUAGAUAUUGCAUUAGCCUCUUUUAUAGGGCCAUAUUAUAUCAGAAAACAGUCUGGGAACACGAAGAUUAUUUACCCAUUUGGAAAGCAGACUCGGCUGAGCCAGGUUUGGUGGAGCCUGUGUGCCCUUCCACAAGAGGCUGAUUAGAAUUCUGAGGGAAGAGAACAUCCCUGCCUUCCAUGCCAACUGACUAACUCAUUAUCAGAGCUGAUAGAGCAUGGAAAAGCCUGUCCAGCAAUCAAUUUCUCCCUUAUUUCCAAAAACAGCCUCCAAUAUUUCAAACCUAAAGAGAGCAUAAAUUGUUAUUUUACAAGUAUUCAAGCUUCUGUUCCAGGAUGGAAAUAUUUUAAUUGCCUAAGAAUCACUGCAUCACACCAAAAACGACCUACCUGCAUUUUUGCCAAAACCGUAAUCUUCAUUUGGUGUUCUUCUCCUGGUUGCUGAAUUUUUAUUUUGUCUGUACUUUCCACAAAUGUCCUGAGCUUUACAUCUGAAAGCUGACGCAUCCCAGUUUACAGAGUGACCUCCAUUCCAUAUGCCAACUGUUUCACUUAGAGUAUGAUUCGAGAAGAACAUUCGGUAGCCAAUGCCAACAGCAUUCUUGCCUCAAAACAUGAUUUCAAGACACUGAGUGAGCCUCCAUGACCAUGCCUGGCCUCCAGCCAACACAGCUCUGUAGGGACCAACUCUCACUGUACUUGCAAGGACCGAAACAUCUGAACCAAGACAAAAAGAAAAGGGAUUUUGCAAUACCCACGUCGAACUGGAUCUUAUUCCUCCAUGGCUGAUAGCAGCUGGAAGCCCGGUACUUUUCCUAGCAUUUGAUGGGAAUUGCAAUUUCUCACCUUAAUGUGGAGAGGAGCAGCAGAGGUGUCCACACCUCUUAUAAAUGACAAUUUUACUAAAGAAGAAAAAAUUUUAAAUUAUAAUUGAUGUUCAAUACUUGAUCCGUAUUUUACGUUUUCUUUUAAUUUCAGGGAGGUAAUGACAUUUUGCUGUUUCCAAUUGACUGCAUAGUUACUUGCAUGCCAUGAUGGUACACUAGCAGAAUAAGACCCUGAUGUGAAUUUCUGUGCUUAUUUCAUGCCAUUUAUUACAUAGAGAUCUGGCUUAAUUUUGACGAGGACUGAAUAUACAAAUAUAUCAGAAAUGAUCUUAUAAUACAUAGUUACAUCUUACGCAGUACUGUUAGGUUGUAUCUUACCAUGACUGUCACUGUUUUUAGAAUUAGGCAUUUAUGGAUUAUGAAUAAUAUGUAUCCCUUAUGUUGGCAUGACAGUUCCAGUAUUUUUCAUGCGUUAAAAUAAGGCUCAUCCCUAGAGUAAUCCCAUCAAUAUCUUGUGAUUUGUUUAACGGUUAUUUUGACCUCCUUCCAUUGUUCCAUACCACAGAAAAAAGGUCAAGUGGGUUUAUUUUUUAAACUUUUACUGGAAACAACCAUUUAGUGUUAACUAUCUUCGAAACAGUUUAAUGCAUUUUUCUUUGAUGUUUUCAAUGAAGAUUUGUUCAAGGAAAAAGAUAAAUGGGCAUAACCAGUGAUGACAAAAAUUGUCACUUGAAAAUUGAACUACAUGGCUGUACUGUUUGUUUUGUUCUACAAGAGUUUUCAUGACAAAUAGUUUAAAUUGCAAAGAUACAUACAGUUUUAUAGGUUUCUGUGAGACCUGAGUUAACAGUUAGGAGAAGUUAAGAUUCCCUUGAGAGAAAGAUGACUCACAUCUACCUGAAGUCCACGUUGGUUUAUGUAGUUUGAAAAUGUGUACUUUUUAAGAUUAUAAUUUUAUAACAAUUAUUAAGAUGGACAAGCAUCAGUUAAAAAUUUCAUUAAGUUGGUUAAAGCCACACCGCAUAUGUUACACUGUGUUUAACAGGGAUAAUUUUAUUUUGUCACAUUUUCAUAACAUUUCAGAGCUUCCUCAUAACGGAAUUCUAGAUUCUCAUAUAUGUGCAUUUGUAAAGACUCUAGGCAUGACCAUUAACUAUCUGUAUCUGUCAUGGAUGUUUUGCAAAUUUAUCAGACCAGAUGUUAGGCUAUUGAAAAUAUGCAAUUGAUAGGGACAACAUUUUAACAGCCUUAAAUGACUGGUUCUCUGACCAGUAUGAGUCCUAGAAAUAGUAAUUGUCAGCCACAAUAGCUCUAGUUUAUAGGUUUUUGAUUUUUCAGGUAUGGGAAAAGUUUGAUUAUUUAAAUGCAAUGGAGUGGUCAGAAUUAACCUGGAAGAGCUAUUUGAGAAGAGUCUAAGAAUUCUUGGAUAUGGGAUAAAUGUCUCUCCAGAAGGGUUUUCUAGGUUUAAAAUAAAAACAGGACAUUUAAAAUGAAUAAAAACCUACCCCUACAAUUAUUGAAUGAUUCUCAGAUGCUUAAGCUCACCCAUUUCCUACAACUUGUUUUAUAAAUUCAUGCAUUGUUUCUCGUCAAAAGCUAUUUUUGCUUCAUAGGAAAAUCAGAACCUUCUAACACAUCAAAAGUUUAGGUGAAACCUUUUAGAAAGGUUAAACUUAAUCUGAGCUAACAGAUAUGACCUCUGAGAUCUAGAAAUUUCUUAUGAUUUCCAUCAACAGUGAUUGUGAUUAUAGUUCUAAACUUGCCUAUUAUGAUUAGUUUAUUUCAUUAUUUUUUGCCAAAUUAAUAUUUUCCACAAAUUUAAUUGCAUUUAUACCCAAACUUCCAUUAAAGUUAGUUUUCAUUUAUAGUUAUAGGUAAGCACUGAAGAGUACAAGAAAAUGCAAAUUUGUAGUUUGUUAUAAUUUGUUUUGAAUACUGUUACCAUGUAUUAUAUUUACCUUAUAGACAUAUAAUAUAUGCAAAUCUUCAAUCUGUUUAAGUGCAUUCCUUCUUUGUCUCACAUCCCUUCUUUUUUUAUAAACUUCCAGAGUCAUUUUCAUUAGAGAAAAGACAGAUUUCUCUAUACUAUUGCAAAAGCUCACCUUUAAUAAUGAAGUCUUUACUGUUCUCCCUCAUUUCUAAGGAAUAUAAACAGUACAGAGACUUAAAAAGCAUUGUUUUCCUUAAAAUAGACAUUUUAUAUCCAUUUCUACUUUUAAUUGAUAGUGCCAUAUGAAGUCAGAGCUAUGGUCAAUAUAAUUCCUUUACAUAGAAAUACACACACACACACACACACACAAAAAAAAAAACACAAAAAAUUCUAACACUAGAGAAACUAAAUUUUUGGCAUGCAAUAAGUUAUAAGCAGUGCUUUAAAUAUUUUUUUAAAAAAUACAAGUAUUAUAUCUUUCCACUCCCAUUAUAGUUAAGGUCAAAUUUUUGUUGGACCCUUCUUCUGUGUUAUUCAAAAGGUAAAAUAAUGGAUAACCUGUAAAAUCUCCUUUCUGCCAUAUAAAAUUUGGUUACAUUAUAUGUGAGUGGAUUUCCUUACCUGUGAAAGAAGAAACAUUCUCUAUGUCUGUCCUUCAUUCAUCCUGUAUUCCUUGGCCUUUUCCUCAGGUUCUCUUUGAAUGAUAGACCAAGCAUUCAUGAGGAUUGUUCAUGGGUGAGAAUAGGGGCAUGAUUCAGAGGAGGCCAAGUGCCUAGUGUCCCUGUCCUGCUUGGCAGAAAGGGAGAUUAGCUAUAGUAUCUCUGCCCACACUAAUAUAUGCAUAUUCUUUAAAUUAGUUACUCUUAAUUAAAACUAAAGUCAAGUGCUUGUCAAACUCCUCUGAGUCCAGCACAAGCAGGAGCUUUCGAGAAACUGACAUGUCUUACUUUUAAUUUCAGAAUCAAUCAAGAAACUGUCACUACCUGGGUCAAUUUAUUUUUAUUUACUGGUUUUCUAUCUGACCUUUAUACAAUAUCCCACAGGAAGUAGUCAUUCUCUUUUCACUAUGAUUCUUCCUUCACAUGUUGGGAAAACAAACACACAUAUCCUAACUUUCUAAUAAUUAUUCCUAGCAUUAAUAUAGUGCUUUAAAGUUUGCAAUAUGUAUAUAUAUGUAUAUAUAUAUACAAAUAUACACAUAUAUACAUAUCUGUGUAUAUAUAUAUGUAUAUAUAUAUAUAUAUUUACAGUCAUUUAAUCUUCAUAACAAUUCUAUUAGGUAGGUGCUAUUGUUAACUUCUUUUUUGCAGAGGAGAAAACAGGUGAAGAGAGAUUCAAUGACUUUCCCUAGGUCAUACAGCUAGCAAACUCAGUAGGAUUUCAACUCAAGUCUUCCUGGCAAAGUCAGUAACUUUUUCUUAACUGAAAUGGGUUCACACAACAGCUUGAGAGGCAUUCCACUGUGUUUAGCCUCCUUUUAUACCCUUCAUCCAUUUCAUUUCAUAGGCUUUAUUUUCCUCACUAGUAAAACAUGUGCAUUGGACUAGAUGACAUCCAAGGUCCCUUUUAGCUCUAAAUAUAUCAUUCUUUCCCAAUGGAGGUCUUCAGAUGGUAGGUGGUGGAUCAUUUGUUGGGCACCUAGAGGGCAUUCUUUUUCCUAUGGACUAGGCAACCUCUGGGGAUUCCCUUCCAAAUAUGAGGUUCUAGCAAUGAUUUUGUGGGGUAGGAAAAACAGAGUCAUUUGGAAGAAUUCUUGCUUGUUAGAUAGCUCUUGAGGUUCUUUUAGUACAUGGCAUUGCAAGCCAAAAAGGACCUGGGAAGAAAAAGCUGGAUGCUGAAUCUGUCUGAAACCAUUGGGGCUUCUUGGGCAAAUGUGGAAAUAAAACCUUGGGAAGGGAAUGGCAAGUAUAGGAACCAAAGUCUGAAUGUGGUGAAGUGCUGAAAUGGGCUUAUGGAGAUGUUUACACUAAAAAUAGAAGUAUCUACAACAUGUGUGUUUUAUGGCUCUGGGCAAUUUUUAACUAUAGAAAUGAUCAACUUUGUUACUCAAUGUCUCUGGAGGACAAACUACCCUUUUCUUCAUCUCCUGCCUUUGGAUAAAAUAAAGCUUGGUCUUUGGAGAAUGAGGCAUUCUGUUUUUCCUGACAUCUAGAGCUGAUCAAAAAUGAGAAAUGAUGGCUUUAGUUUUGUAAGAUUGAUUCCCUGGCAGUCUUCCUCAAGCCAAAAGCCAAUGUAGCGCCUCAUCUAUAAUGCUGGUCACAUUAUAAUGGCUAUCUGUACCUUCUCAUUAUGCUUUGUUUUGGUUUUAACCAUUCAUAUUUAUGGCAAUGGUAGUAGUUUCACUCAGGCAGAACUGUUUAAAUAGAAUAACUGGCUUAAAAAAAAAAGUUGCAUAUGGCUGUGUGCAUGGUUAAUGGCUAUAAAGGCCCCUCACCUGUAUGCAUGAGGAAUGUCUGGAAUAUAUCUAAGAGAAAAAAUUGAGUGAAUUCAAGUGACAGUCUUUAUAUUUGCAUGGCCUCUUUUGCACAAGAAUAUCUCAAGUUUCCUAAGUGUGUUUGCUCCAUGAUCUAUAGUUACUGAAAGUUCCACAUUAUCCAGUAUCAGGGACAGGACCUGGUGUGAGGAGAAACUCAAGUUUUAAUAAGAGGAAAUAUACCAGAUCAUUUUUUUUUAGCCAAGGACAAAUUAUCUAACCUCUCCUUUCUUCAGGUCCUAAAUCAGGAAAAUGGGAUUAAAAUGCCAACCUACCUCACUUAGAUAUUGACAUUUGGUAGUGUUUGUUGAAAGGGAAAAGUAUAAUGUGGUUAUAGGUUUUUCUACUUUUACUAUCAGUAUAUCUGGGUGUGGAUUCAGUAAAUCCCCUAUCAGAAUGAGUUCCUUCAUAGCAUAUAUUUAUAUGCUCAAACCCCCUUUGUAAUUAAGCUGUAAUUAAGACCAUUGAUGCAAUUCUUUGAAUGAUUCCCAGUUUGUUUGUUUGUUUUGUCCUACCCUAAAGUGUUUCAUGUUGGUGAAUUUCCAGAAUUUUAAAUAAGGCUUGAUAACAAAUACUAAACCAUUAGGUUAGACCUGCUUUUCUAUUGUUAAACAGGUCUCUUGACCUUGUUCAUCAUUUAGUCAAGUUCAAGAGUGAAUCUGAGAGUGGCAAAAAUGCUCUGUCCAAGAGACAUACCAGUGCUUUUAAAAAGCUAGCAUAAAAUGUCUCAUGGAUCCUCUUCUCUUUGUGCUUUCCUGUAACAAUGCUGGUUGGCAGCAAUGAUUUUUUUUUUCCUGAGGAGAUCAGUUUGUUUGAAAUACGGUGGCACUUUAAAGUGAAGGCCAGCUGGAAGGACACCAAUAAAAAUACCAACUCAGCUUAAAACAAUUUGAUUUCAACUCCAAAUGAAAUAUCUGCAGUACACAUAUAUAAUGGCAAGCAGGAUAUUCUACUUAUCAAGACUAUCCCCUCAUGAAAAUCACAACACUAGAUUCAUUUGAAGCUGUCUCUCUCCUGUGGUAAAAAAAUACCACACUCCCCUGCCUCAAUCCUAUACACAAAGAGUGACCAUUUAUCUCAGGAAAGAAAACCACCCAGUACUCUGAUUUUCUAAAAUGACUGAAGUUCAUUUUGACUUUUUCUUAGGAAAAAGGAAAUUUUGCAUUGAUUAUUGAGAGGAUUAAUUCUUUUUUCUUCUGAAGGGAAAAGGGAUAGUAAUUAAAGAAAAAUAUUUUUGUUGUAUUGUUUUCCAAUUUAAGCCAAUUCAACAAGCAUUUAACUAUACACUGUACUCCAGGUUCUAUUCUAGGGCCUGGGAGACACAAAGAUAAAUAUGACAAUGAUCCCUGUCAGCAAGGUGCUUACAGUCUAUUCACCUUCUCAUGGUUCUAUUUACAGGGAGUCGCACAAAUUAUGGGCAUGCUUUCACAUGUCAAACUUUCAUUAUAAGAGGAGACAGUCAAUUAUCUACUCAAAUGACUAUCUUUUCUAAUAUCCAGUGGAUGGCUUUGCUAUUAGCUUUCAUGUUAAACAAGCCCAAUCAGCAUUUCUAGGAAAACUGGAAACAUUGCCUGAGGCAAAGUCUAUGGAAUAGGAACAAAAAAAUUGUAAUAUAGGAUAUAGAGUCUAUAGGUCUAUGACAAUUAAUUAACCCUUUUCAAAUUUUCCCUAAAAUUCCUAUUUUUGUAUAGCAUAUAACUCUGAUUUCUUCUUUGAUCAAACUAAUCCUAUGUAUAUAACUUAAUAGCUUAUAAGUUUGCAUCUAAAGAUUUGGUUACAUUAUAAUUCCAAAUUUGUUUGCAAAGAAAUACCAACCACUUUUACAUUUUUAUUUUCAAUUUUAAAUUCUCUCCUUCUCUCUAGCCCCUCCCCCACCCAUUGCAAAUGCCCCAAACUCCAUAUAUAUUAAAUUAUGCAAAACAUACUUCCACAUUAGCCACAUUGCAAAAAAAAAUGCAAGAAAAAGAAAGAGAAAGAAAAUAUGUUUCAAUCUGCAUUCAUCAUCUUUUACCACGAAUCCUUUGGAAUUGUCAAAGAAUAUUGUAUUGAUAAAGUAAUUAUAUUUCACCAUUGAUUGUUGUUACAUGUGUACAAUAUUUUCCUAAUUCUUCCACUUCACUCUGCAUCAGCUCAUGUAAGUUUUCAAGUUUUUCUGAAACUAUUCCCUUAGUCUUUUCUUAUAGCACAAUUGUAUUCCAUCACAAUCACAUACCACAAUUUGUUCAUCCAUUCCCAAACUGGUAAGCAUACUCUCGGGUUCCAAAUCUUUGCCACCACAAAAAGAGCUACUAAAAAUAUUUUUGUACAUAGAUCCUUUUUCUUUGAUCUCUUUGGGGGCACAGACCUAGUGGCAGUAUUCCUGGGUGAAACCCUCCUGAAUGGUUGAAUCAAUACACAGAUUCACUCAUAUAGCAUGUGUGCCUGUUUUUCCACAUCCCCUCCAACAUUUGUCUUUUUCCUUUUCUGACACUUUAGCCAAUCUGAAAGCUUCAUGAGAGGAAACCUCAGAGAUGUUUUAAUGUGCAUUUCUCUACUUAUUAAUGAGUUAGAGCUUUUUUCAUAUGACUAUGUAUAGCUUUGAUUUCUUUUUUCUGAAAACCAUUCACAUCUUUGAUUAUUUAUCAAUUGUCCCAUAUUUCAGAAAUUAGAUCUUCAUUAGUGAAAUCUGCUAUGAAUUUUUUUUUUCCAGUUCCUUUGCUCUCCUUCUGGUUUUAGCUACAUUCAGUCUAGUUCAUUUAAAUCAUGAUGUUGGCAAUUACUUCACCUUGGAGUGAGUAUUAUGAACCGUUGCCCUUUGAGGCUCAUGGAGAAUCAAAAAGAGUGCUUACUACCUCCUUCACAGUUUAAAAUGUCCUCCCAAAUAUUCAUAUGCCAUUUAAUCCAACUGAUAGCUCAGUAAGAAUUUGUUUUCUACAAAGGAAAAGAAAGUUUAAGUUUCUAGAUGAAGUUUUAGUGAUGUAAUACAAUAUAGCAGCAAAGUUUAAGCCAAUUAUUGAUAUCUCUAAUAAUAAUAUUGUGGAGUUUUCUUUUUUAAUUUUGAGGGAAAUUUCCUAUAUAAAUUAAAAUAUAUCCAAAAUUAGAGAUAUAUCUAAUUUGUUUUUAUUUCCUUUCUCUAAUAUAUUAUAAGAUCCAAAUCGAUUCAUUAAAGUAGAGAAUUGUAGAUGAAGACACCAAAGUUUUCUUUCCUUUCUUCUAUUAAUUUAUGAAACUCUUGGCCUGUUGGCGUGUCAGUUUCCCCAUUUGUCCAAAAUGGAUAGUAUAAUACUCAUCUACCCUAAGAUGGGGCUGUGAGAACUCAUCAUUUUACUUUGCUUUCAGGUACCCUGAUGCAAACUGUCAUAAAAGGGCAAAGUUUUACUAUUAUCAGUCAUUUUCUGAGUGCUAUCUACAUAUGGAGUUUGAUAAAUGUUUUUAAAUUGCAGCUUUGCCCAAGAGAAGAUGAGCUCCCUGAAUGACAUCCCCAUGGAUUAUAGUUCUUUAAUGAGGUCAUUGCUCAAAGGCCUUCCAGCUAAUUGAUGUUGCUCUUCCAUAUUUUUUAUGCAACCUGAAAACCGCACACCAACAGGCACAUGCACUUGACAUGUGUUGGAGUUUCAGGAAAACCUUACCCUAGUACUGACUAAAUGAAUGGCUUAUCAAAAGGAAGUUGUUCUUUGUUUCAUAAAGUGCCUCCUGGACCAUCUUCAAGGAGGAAGGGGAUUUCUUUAACGCUGCACUGACCUACAGACCCUAAGCUGUAACUGGAUAAUAAAGAUUUUGUUUCUGAAGCAAGAAAUGGUUGAAUUUUGUACCUUUCCUUCUGAGCUGGGUUUUGAGGGGUUUUGUUUCUGUUUGUUGCUUUGCCUUCUUUCUUUUUGUCUCUGUUAUACUUCAAAGUGUAAAGUUGCUCUAUCUGUCCACAGGUAUCUGACAUCUUGUCAGGUGAUUCUGAGCCGGAAAUAUUUUUACGCACAAAGUACUUAAAUUUGUAUCAAUAAAGAACAGCUUGUUCCUUAUUUCUCAGUCAAUAUUGGCAUGUGUAAAAACCCUUUUAAAGCUCUUAUCAACAUAAUAAACUGACUCCUCUCUCUCCUUUCCAGUUAGUCAUUACCUGGAUAUUUUUCUUUUCGAUAAGCAAUCCACAAUGUGUUUACUGAGGCUUGCAUUGAUAUUCCCCACUGGCUCUGGGGGCUCUCGCUUACUUCAAGCAGCUCCACAGUGUGUACCCACAGUGCAGUGUGCUGCGGAGCAGGCUCCCAAGCCCCUCUGGAAUCCAGCGUUAUUUGUUCUCUCACUGUUCUAAAGGUAAUUAAGGAGCAUUGCAUGUUUCUCAAUUAAUGAUUCCUCAUUCAACAGGGGAUCUUUGAUGCUAAUUUGUUUUAAUCAGAACCGAGGCUGCUCAAAAGCUCUAAACAAUUCAGUGAAGAGGAACUCAGAAUUUUUAAUCAAGUGGAAGAGAUCUAAAUGCUGCGAGGGACACAUCCAUCAUAAGCUUUCACUUCCUGUUCAUUUAACUUUGUGCUUUCAGAUUGCAUGAAACAAUGUGUUAAUCAUCCAAGAAAGUUGACUAAAAUUAACCCAAUAAUUCCAUUGUUGGUCAUGUUGAAAGUGUGAUCCCGAAACAACCACAUGCAAUAACAGAAAUCUGUUCAAGGUUUUCUAAACAGCAAUUUGGUCACUGUAAAAUGAGCAAACAAACAAAAAUGGCAGCAACUGAUAUCUAAUAGUAGGGGAUAGUGACUAAAUCCCAGGGUAUAAACAUAAUAGAAAUAAGAGGAAUACAAUGAGAUAAAAAAAGGCCAUUAUGGAAAUCAUGCAAAGUGAAAAUAAAUUACCAGAAAAAAGAAGAGCAUACCCUAACUGUGACUCUGUAAGAGGAAAAUUGAAUAGGAGCAAAUUGACCAAGAGCCCUGAUGGAGACAAAGAGAGGUGGCAUUUGAUGUUUUGAAAAUCGUUUAUUUAAUUGUAUAUAGUUGCAAAAUCAGUUUCAUUAGUUGUAUUGAUGUUUAAUAUUAAGUUUAUAAUAAAUCAUUUUAAAAGAAAA